AUGGUCGAUGCACAGGAAGUUUUCGACUCCAUACGGCAGAAGAACCUCUUCACUUGGGCUUUGCUACUCUCGGUGUAUGCCCGGAACGGGCAUCUCCAGGAGGCCAAGUCACUGUUCGACAAGAUGCCGGGAAGAAAUCUCGUGGCCUGGACAGGAAUGCUGGUCGCCUACACAGAUCGAAGCCACCUCGAGGAAGCAAAGACGCUGUUCGACUGGAUGCCAGAAAGGGACCUGGUUUGCUGGACGGCUAUGCUCACCGCGUUUGCGGAGAAUGGUCACUUGCAACUAGCAGAGGCGUUGUUCGACGAGAUGCCAGAGAGAGAUCUCAUCUCGUGGAGUGCGAUGCUUUCGGUUUACGCUCGGCACGGGAAGCUGGACAAAGCCAAGUCAGUGUUUGACGAGAUGGAGGAGAGGAACCUGGUUUCAUGGACUGCGAUGUUAGCGGCGUAUGCUCAAAAUGGUCAGGUGGAAAAGGCUAAGCAGGUGUUUGACAAGAUGCCCGAGAGGAACCUCGUCUCCUGGACAGCCAUGCUCGUAGCUCUUGCGCAGUCUGGCCAAGCGAGCGGAGCCAAGCGAGUCUUCGAGACAAUGGACGAGAAGAACCUCCUCACUUGCACGGCGAUGCUGGGACUUUUGACAAACAGUGGAAAACUGCAAGAGGCCAAGCUAGUCUUCGACCAAAUGCCGGAGCUGGACCUUGUUUCAUGGACUGCGAUGCUCUCAGCCUACGCACAGAGCGGUCGGCUGGAAGAAGCCAAGCACAUCUUCGACGGCAUGGAGGAGAAAAACCAGGUGUCUCUCAACGCCAUGCUAGCUGCGUACAACCACGACGGCCAGCACCUCGUCGAUACAAAGCUUCUCUUCGAUCGAAUGCCGGAGCGCGACCAAGUUUCCUGGAACACGAUGCUCUCGGCAUACACUCGAGACGGGCAGCUGCGAGCGGCAAAGCAGACGUUCGAGCAGAUGUUUUCCAGGGAUCUCGUCUCGUGGACGGCUCUGCUAGCGGCAUUUGCUCGAGAUGGUCGUCACGAGGAGGUGAUCGAGCUCUUCCACCGGAUGAACACGACCAUCGUCCCGGACGGAGUUUGUCUCAUCAGCGUGCUGCUGGCUUUCAGCCACACGGGCGGAGUGGAGGCUGGCUGGAGCUGCUUUGCGUCGAUCAGCCGCGACUUUGAACUGCGGCCGACAAGAGAGCACUACUGCGGCAUCGUCGACCUCCUCGGGCGCGCCGGUCACUUGGCAGACGCACAGGAGCUGGUGAGCAGCAUGCCGUUCGUGCCGGACGCUCUCGACUGGACGUGCUUGUUGGGCGCUUGCGGGAGUCACAGAGAUCUGAGACGCGGGUCCUGUGCGAGCAAGGAGGCGCUGGAUGUGAAUCCGGGGAACGAUGCUGCGUACGUGCUGCUCGCCAACUUGUGCACACGAAUGUGA